CUCUAUACAUUAAUAAAUAAAAUAAAAUAAAAUAAAUAAAGCAUAUUUUCUCUGUUUCUCAGUCUGACCGUUAAAUCUUAGUUUCCUUAUCUAGAACUGUAGAAACUCUGAGCAAACAGCGCACGGUUGUCUCAGAUCAUCCAUGGAGACCAUUCGAUCAACCUUCCCAGUUUUCCAAACCAACCCAGUUUUCCUCACUCCCAAGCCUCUUAAACCCUUCAAGGUUUCCAUCAAACCUCCACCACCAGACUUCAAUUUCAGGUCAGAAAUUUCAGACCACUCAAAAGCCACAAUAGCCAAAACUCACCCUGAGUUGCUUGAUUUGGCUGAAAAUGGGACCUUGUUCUUCAUCGACAAGAGCCGGUUUGGUCCAGUUCCGGCCUGGAGGACCGAGUUCGUCGAACCGGAGGCCAUCUGGUUAGUUGGCACCACUCAUAUUUCUCAAGACUCUGCUCUGGAGGUUGAGCGCGUUGUCCGGGCAGUGAAGCCAGACAAUGUGGUGGUUGAGCUCUGCAGAAGCAGAGCUGGGAUUAUGUAUGCUAAUGCCUCCAUGGAUGGUGAGGCAGGCCAACAAUUAAGGUCAAAUAUGUUCUCUUUGACUGGAACUGGGUUUUUUGGCGCCGUUGGUCGGAGCAUAAACUUAGGGGGUCAAACUGCUCUGGCAUUACGAGUACUUUUGGCGGUUUUCUCAUCAAAGAUCUCGUCAGAUACCAAUCGUCCUUUCGGUGAUGAGUUCCGUGCUGCUCGAAAGGUCUCUGAAGAAGUUGGUGCUCAAAUGGUUCUGGGGGACCGGCCGAUUGAAAUAACUCUUGAAAGGGCUUGGAAUUCUCUGAAUUGGACAGAGAAACUGAGCUUGGUGGCCUCAGUUGUUCGCGGGAUAACCUCACCAUCUGAUAUGUCCCAAAACAAUCUCAAGGAAUCAAGUGCAAGUGAUGAUGGCACAUUUCAGCUUUAUGAGCAGCUAAGUUCUUCAUAUCCUUCACUCCUCCAGCCUCUGAUACAUGAACGAGACACUUACCUUGCAUGGUCUCUAAAGAGGAGCAAAGCUGUGAAUAAGAGUAAGAGAGUGGUAGGGGUUAUUGGAAAGGGACACAUGAAUGGUGUAAUAUAUGCAUUGCUAGCUGACCUGGGAGAUCUGCGGUUUAGGGACCUUGUAGGACAGAGGCCUUCAAGUCAAGGUACUGAUGCUAGUUCUGAUGGCAGAUGGGUUGUCAAAUUGGUCCAGGACUUGGUCAGAGACACUGUCAUUGGCACCCUCCUGUGGGCAUUAUAUGAGCAGAUAAAAGGUGGAUUAUAGAGUAGAGUAGAUUUGAAAUCUCAAAUGGCUGAAAAUACAAUCUUUUUUUUUUUUUUGUAUACAAAUUUGCUCAGUUGCUCAGAGGCACCUCAAAAAAAUUACAACUGGUACUUCACUUUGUUGUUAAGAUUUUUACUGCUUGGAUAAGGAUGUCAA